CUAAAAAUAUUUCAUCAAUCAUGUUUUUGUACAAUAACAUUAAAAAUCUAUAUCAAAAGAUUGUUGGACCCGAUAUGGACGUAAUGGGUCCACACAUGUUCGGAUAUUUAGGAUCCUAAGAAAAUUUGAAAUAUCUAAAAAAUCUGAAAAAUAUCUGAAACACGAAAAGUACUUGAAAUUCCAAACAAAUACUCAAAAAAAUUCAAAUACCUAAAAAUUCAAAAUCUUAUUCAAAAUUUGUCACUGAACUGAAAAUACCCUUUUUUUAAUUUGAAAAUUUACCUGAAAUCAAAAACUAUAAUCGUAAACCAAAAACCUAAAAAAAUAUCCAUAAUGCUGGAAACAUAUUCGAAAUAUCCAAGUAUACCUAAUAAACACAACAUAUUUAUGAUCGGGUCUAGGGUAGGACCCGGACUCAAACAAAGACAUGCGGGUCCAAUAAAAAAACCCAAUAGGUUAUAUUUUCUGGACCUGAACUAAAUCUAUAUUUCUGAGUCGGUUCGGUUUGUUUUUUUAUCCGGAUAUAAUUCUCAUGACUAAAAGAAAUUUACGUAAAUGUGUACAUAUAAAAUAUCAAAUAAACUAAUGCAUAGAUUAUAUAACUGUUAAAAUUUAUAUUUUUGAUAUAAUAAGACUUUGUAUUAUAAUAUAAUCCAAAAAUCCCGCGCUUGUGGGUCAAAAUCUAGUACUAAUUUUAAUUCGUAAACUGAUUUCAACUUGUAAACCGAUUUUGUAAACCAAUAUCAGUUAAUAAACCAAAUUUCUAAUCAUAACAAAUUAUAAUUUAUAAACCAUUCCAAAAUAAAUCAAUUUUAUUAUAAAAUCCAUUUCUGGUUUAAUUAUAAAUUUAUUUGCUUUUAAUUAACUUAAAAUAUAAAUAUUACAUAUAUAUAUAUAUUAAAAAGUUAUGAAUUAAUAAAUUAGUCACGAAUUAUACGUGACUAAAUUAGUCAUGAAAUAUUUGUGACGAAUCAUGACUUUCAGCACAAAAUGACAAAAUGAUUAUGAACAUUUUUAUUUUUUUGUAACACGGUUAUGAAUAUAUAUAUAUAGUCACGUUUUUCUUUGUUGCCUUUCAUGAUUAUUUUGUCACUUAGCACGAAAUUUACAAACAACAACAAAAAACGUAACUGCAGCUUUUUUUUUCUUUCUGAAUAGUAAUAAUGUACCCGUUUUUUUUUUUACUUUCUCUUGCUUCUUUGUGUUAUUGUGGAGCAAGAACUUAUCAUUUCAAAGUUUAAACUUUUAACAAGCUUUGACACUUUUUGGUGAAAAGUCAAGAUGGAUUCGAACAGAGAAAGAUAUAUUAUUUAAAAAAAUUCCAAAAUUAAACAGAUUUUAUUUUUGUCAAAAAUAAAUAAAGAAAAUAAACCAUUAAUCUUACCUAUUUUUUUAUAUGACUGAGUGGAUGAUCACUACGCACUAGUCGCCAAGUGCUAUCAAAAUUCAAAACGAACAUGGACAAUACAACCUGUUUAUCUAGUAAUGAAAUUCAAAAUUUUAGCAGAAAAAACACGAUCAGUACCGAAAAAUAUAACAAAGAUAUAAAUCAUGGUUAUUUUGUUUUGUUUUGCUUUUUCAACUGUGUUUAAAAUUUAUGAAUGCUGUUUUCAAUGUUUUAACAUAUAAACAUAAUGAGUAUUGUACCAAAAUCUUAUAACUUUCAUUUACUCUCCAUUCUUAAACAAUUAAAUAUAUUUGUAAGAAAUAUUAAAAUAUAAUAUAAAUUAAUUUUAGAACGAAAAUAAUGAAACUUAAGAAUAUAAUUAUGUACUGUGUAAUUAUAAUUAAAUUAUCAAACUAAACGAUAAGUAUAACUAAUUAAAUAAGCUAAUAUAUUAUUUAUUUUAUAUAACUUUUUAUUAAAUUAAAUUUGAAAUAGUUUCCACAUAAUUUAAAAAAAAAAUUGAAGUAUGAUUAAAUUUCGUAAUAUGGCAGUUGUUUUAUGCUCAUAAAUGUUUUUUUCUUAAAAUAAGAUAUAAUUACAGUUUUAGAGUUGCAGUUGAGUCAGCAUUUUUAAAUAAAACUGCUAUUCAUAAAAAUAAAACAGGGCGUUAUAAAGUAAUAUUUUUUAUAUAAUCAUUAAAAUAUUGUCUCAAAAUUGACUUCAUAACUCUUCACUAUAUAAGAAGGGAAGAUGAUCUUACAUUAUACAUACAAAACUUGGUAAUAUGGCAAAUCAAGCCAAACCGAGACCUCUAUUACUCGAAAAGAAACCAGUUGAGUUUGUUAAACCCUUAAAACACACACCUUGUGGAAAUCUUUCCCUUUCUACUUUAGACAAUGAACCUAUCAACGAACCUAUGUAUGCAUAUAUUUACGUUUAUGAACCAAACGAGAAAAACCAAAAUGAUCCGGUCUCUCUUCUUAGGAAGGCUUUGUCCGACCUUCUGCUGUACUAUUAUCCAGUUUCAGGCAAGCUAGUGAGACGAAAAAGUGAUGGAAAGUUUCAGCUGGCUUGUAUUGGGGAAGGAGUGCCUUUCGCAGUUGCUACAGCAGAUCAUGAUCUCUGCUCUCUAAACUAUGUAGAAAACUUUGCCGAUGAAGUUGCAAUGCAACUUGUGCAUGAGCUCGAUGUUAAUUUUCAAAGUGACAAUGGCUGUCAUCCUCUCUCUUUGCAGGUGACCAAAUUUUCUUGUGGUGGAUUCACCAUUGGCAUAGCAGUGACACACGUGUUGUGUGAUGGCUAUGGUGUGGCUACGAUCUUCAAUGCUCUAACCGAGUUAGCCAGCGGAAAGAGCGAGCUAUCGGUAGUGCCGGUGUGGCAAAGAGAGCGACUGGUCGGGAAAUUAGACGGUGAGCCGGCUAAAGUACCCGGCGCUGAUUAUGAAGGUCUUAUGGCCACAUCACCAUAUAUGCCAAGCGGUGAUAUGGUCACAGAGACGGUAAACAUUAUGUCUGAAAAUAUAAGUAGGCUUAAAGACACUGUGGUACUUAAGGAGCAUUUCACUACUUUCGAAAUUCUUUGUGCUUACAUAUGGAAAGCAACAUCUCGGGCCUUGAAGCUAAACUUAGACGGCAUCACUAUCCUUAUCAUAACCGUCGGAAUCCGAAAUGUUCUAGAUCCACCACUCCCCGAGGGUUACUAUGGUAACGCUUACAUAGACGUUUAUGUUGAGAUACCUGCAAGGGAGCUAGAGGAAUCAUCGAUCUCUGACAUUGCAAAGCUCGUGAAGAGAGCCAAGAAAUCAUCUCUUAACAAGACGCAUAUCGUGGAGGAGCUACGGAACUCAGAGAGAUUGAUGAAAGAAUAUGCCAAAUUCGAAGGAGUAGCUGAUGGUGUAUUUCUAUUGACAGACUUGAGAAACACCGGAUUGUUCGAGUCCAUGGACUUUGGUUGGAACAAGCCUGUGAAUAUAUGGCCGCUGACACCUCAGAAGUACGAACGUAACUUCGGCAUUAUCAUGAGACCUCCGAAGUUGGAUCCAUCAAUGGAAGGUGAGGCUAAAGUUGUCAUGACAUUGCCAAGAAAUGCAAUGGUUAACUUGAAGAAAGAAAUGGCUAAAAAGGUCGAUCCUUGGUUAAAGCUCAUGAAACCAAGGUUUUAGAGCAUCGCCAAUGUAUUAUUCCAUUUUUUACUCUAAAAUAGUGUAAUUCUAAAAUCGAGUUGGAUUUUUUUCUUAUGUAUUACUCCAUUUUUGACUAUAAAAAGAAAUAUCCACAAAUGAUUCCUUUUUAUUUGGUUAAUAAUUGUAAAUAGUAUUUUUAACUUAUAAAAAUUUAACAAUUAAUCUAACUAUUUUAUGUUUACAAAACUUUCAUAAAAAUAUAUUUUAUUUUAGUUAAACAUUUAUUAUUAAAAAUACAAUUAGAGCUUUUGUUCCAACGUCAUUUGGUGCAGGCUUAUCAUAUGAAAUUUUUUUUUCUUAACCAGGAGGUUCAUAUACAAUCUGGACAUUGUCCAGGCCGUAAUCCCCCAGGGAAUUUUUUUUAUCAUAUGCAAUUUUUCAAAGCUGGAUUUAAAUGUUUUGGGAUAUAGCUGAGCUAAACAAUGUAUAAAAUAUCCUCGUUGAUAAUGAAAUUAUAUACAUACUAUCAAAAUUUUGUUUAGAUUCCAACUAGAAGAAUAAAAUCAAGAUCGGGGAGAAGAAAAAAAUAUAGAAAUGUUUCUUUAACAUUUUGUUUGGGCUACAUUUAUAUCCCAUUCGUUUCAUAUGGCUCAGAGAGUCUCUUUAGCAUAUAGGUGACGAAAAUAAAGGGGUCCUUUGCGUAAUAGCCAUAUUUUGAAAACAAAUUAGGUGAGUGACAAUAAUUUUGCCAAAAUGCUAUGUCAAACAUUUAAACUCCAAACUGUUCGGUUUUAUCCCUCCACUUUCCAGCUGCAAGUGAAAGAGUAGAUGACGUCGUACUUUUUCUGACGUAUUUACAAUCACAUAUGGAAACAAAAUGCAUAUCCCAUAUUUAUUUACCACAUAAAUUUUAACUCUAUUCAAUAAAAUGAGAAAAAAACAGUAGACAUUUUAAAGUAAAAAAUGUAUUCAAACUACAUAAUAUAUAUGAACAUACGCGAAAAAUUGAAAGUACAAAGUUCAUAUUCCAUAUAACUAAAAUAGUAUAGCACAACCCUAGCAAUGGAAUAGUAACAACGAAAUAGCAUAUUACAUAUUGUUUAAAUUUUGAAAUGUAUACGAUUGCAUGGAAGUAUGUAAUGCUUACCCCAUCGUUUACCCAAACUUUUUAUAAACUAAAUCUAAAACACUAAUCACUAAACCCUAAAAGAAAAUAUAAACCCUAAUCCAAAUAUUAAAAUAUGCAAAUAGUACAUAUGAAACAUUAUUAAAAUAUAAUAGUAACAAAAAAAAUAGUAUAAUAUAUAUUGUUCAAAUUUUGAGAUGUCUAUGAUUACAUAGAAUGAGAUAAUACUUACCUCAACGUCAACCCAAACCUUCCAUAAACCAAACCCCAAAAACUAAUCACUAAACCCUAAAAGGAAAUAUAAAAGUGGUAAAGCUUACCCCAGUGUCAACCCCAAUCGUUUAUAGACUAAACCCUAACCACUAAUCACUUUAUCCUACACAGAAAUAUAAACCCUAAUCCAGUGUCAACUCAAAUAUUCCAUAAACUAAACCCAGAUUUCUAAAUGCCAAACAAAUUCAUUUCCAUUCUACAUGAGGCAUAUAGAAUAGACAAGGUGAAAAUGUAGUUGCAAUCUAAAAACAAUCUACCAUCUUAAUUUUUCAAAUGUUGAUAUGCCUAUGGCUUUAGGAAUGUGGUAAUGCUUACCCCAAUGUCAAUUGUAAUCUUCCAAAACUAAACCCUUCAAGUAAUCAGUAAACCCAACAGAAAAAUAUAAACCCUAAUCCAAAUAUCACAAUAUGAAAGUGGUAAUGAUUUCCCCAAUGUCAAUCCCAAUCGUCCAUAAACUAAACUCUAUCAAGUAAUCACUAAACCAAACACGUAAAUAUAAACCAUAAUCCAAAUUAAGAAAGUGAUAAUGCUUGCUCCAAUGUAAACCUCAAUCGUCCAUAAACAAAGCCAUAUCAAGUAAUCACUAAACCUAAUACGGGAAUAUAAAUCCUAAUCCAAAUAUCAAAAUAUGAAACUAGGAAUUACUAGUAUAUUAUGGGAAACUACUUUAAGUGAUAUUAAAUACAAGUAUGAAUUCAGAAGCUACAUGCGGUGAUAUUAAACCGUCCAAAAUAGUACAUGAUUGCAAAGAAGAUGAUUUUCAUUCUAUGUAUUUCAGAUGAAAUAGAAACAUGAAAUAUAUACUUUUAUAGCAUAAUUGUGAGGAUAUAUAAGCUGACAUGUGCGGAUAGGAGAGGCGAUGAAGUAUUAUAUGGAAUAAAUGAUCAACAGUUGGUUACUCCUAUUCCACAUGAAAAGUAGGAGGAAACAACGUAAGGAGGUGGAGUUACCGAAGAUAUUUUAAUUUUAAUUUUUCUUCAUGUUUCAGCUGUUGGAGGAAGAGACAAUAUAUCACUUAUAUAUUAAUAAAGAAAUAUUUUUUAAAAGGAAACAUUAUUAAUAAAUAUGUUCACACAUACAUUGACAUGUGUAAGUCGUACAUUAAUUCUAAUUUUAGAAUACUUACGUGUCAGUCUCACAGUCAUUUAGCAAUUAAUGUGUUCACACGCUAAUUUUAUUAACUCUACCGCAUACAAUUUAAUGUAUUCACACAAUAUUUUUUUUAAUCAGCUCAUUUUUAGUUUUCGUAUUUUUAACCUUUGUAUUAGUGAACUAAAGUUCUCUCUAGGUAAGUACUAAAUAAUAUCGUUGUUGAAAUAAAUAAAUUACAAAAUCAUUAACAUUCAUAUCAACUAAAAUGCCAGAAUGAUAAUAUUUUUAGAAAUUGAUAGUUUCGUAUCUUGCUGAACUUAACCAUGGUUGAGGUUUAUGCAUACGCAAGUAACAAAUAAUUGUGAUUCGUUAUGAAUUAAGGAAACUGAGGUAAAAAAACGCCACACACAAAGUUGGAUCUUUAGUUUAGCCAAAUGUUUUUUUUCUUUACAGAGUUUUCAUAUCAAACUAAAAAUUAGAAACAUAAUCAGAUUGUUAGAAAAAUUCUGAAAUCAUAAAAGCUUUAAAGAAAAGAAAAUUCUCGAAAUUGGUUGAAAAACGUAAUUAAUAUACCGAGUGAAGAGAUCACAUUAUUUUUGAAGCAAUUCUAACCCAUUUCACUUGAUUGUAUAGUGUUUUAUCAUAUUUACCAAAAACUUUAAUACGAAAGUACACGUUAUAGGUUAUAGACAACAUUAGUUUUUAAUCUAUCCAACAAUAUCGACACGACAUCCAACCAUUUUUAUUGGUAUUCUUAAAGUAUGGUCCAAUAAUUAUGUAUGCAAAAUAAGCCUAACAUAUUAGUUUUACAUUCUUUUAUUUUUCUUUAUAUUUGUAGAAUAAAGUAAGUCUGUGUAAUAUAUUUGGAUCCAAAGAACGGAACCGAACUUGAUUUGAAAGUAAUACUAAACACAAACUAAAACUGAUUAAGUACUCAAAUAGAUCAAAAGUUUAAUAUCCGGAUAAUCAGACCCGAAUCCUAUCAAAACUGAAAUAUUUUGGAUACCGAAAAUAUCUAAAACACAAUUAUAUACUUAAAGAUAUUAGUUAUUAUAAAUUUUAUAUCUAUUAUAUAUUCAUUAAUAUGAAAAUAUCUAAAAUUAAAAAAUAUGUUC